UUAUUCCUUAGGAAGACAGCAGCAAAAACCUCACUUUCGUAUCUCUAAUGGCACCUGUUAAAGAUAUUCUUGUCAUCGGCGCAGGAGAGCUGGGCGAUCAAGUUCUCCGCUUCCUGGCCAAAGACCCACGGCGUCAAGAAGCAAAUGUAUCAGUCUUACUGCGACCAGCUAGUAUAGAUUCUACAAGCGCCGAGAAAAAGAACAAACUGGACGGUUUUCAUAAACUAGGAAUUCAGGUAGUUCCUGCCGAUGUUGUCCAAGAUUCAGAACAAGAUUUAGCUGCUAUAUUCAGCCGAUAUGAUACCGUGAUCAGCUGUAUGGGCUUUGUAUCUGGAAAAGGUACUCAAGUGAAACUUACACAGGCUGUGCUAUCUGCUAGGACAUCACGAUUUAUCCCCUGGCAAUUCGGUGUCGAUUACGAUAUUAUCGGGCGCGGGUCCGCGCAGGACUUGUUUGAUGAGCAACUUGACGUUCGUGAUUUGCUUCGUGCACAAAAAAAAACUAGCUGGGCGAUUAUUUCCACUGGCAUGUUUACUAGCUUUCUGUUUGAGCCGUUCUUUGGUGUAGUAGAUACCAAAGAAGGCACGGUAUGUGCCCUCGGAAGCUGGGAAAAUAGGGUUACUCUUACGACACCUGAAGAUAUUGGCAGGAUUACUGCGGAACUUGUCCUGACUGAAGCCAAGGAGAACACUUUUUCAAACAAGCCAAUAUUUAUCGGUGGAGAUACGAUUUCGUAUGGAGAUUUAGCGGAAUUGGUUGAGAAGGUUACUGGGAAAUCUGUGAAGAGAUCAGUUCUCACAGUGGAGGCGGCUCAGGAAGCCCUUGCAAAAGAUCCUACAAACCACUUGCUUAAAUACCAGAUUGUCUUUGGCCAGGGUCGUGGUGUGGCAUGGAAUCUUACUGAGACAUGGAACAUCCAAAAGAAUAUCCCGCUGACCACGGCAGCAGAGUGGGCCGCGACAAAUCUCGUCUGAGAUCUAGAAUAAGACAUCUUUUACUGUCUAUCAAAUCAGAUGUGGCAUUAAAAAUUAAAAUAAUCUAAUCGGAUUAAGAUUUUU